AGACUUAUUCUUAAAAAUCGACCUGCCGUAAAUGAAUACUUGGCACCUGUCCUCGCUUGGUACGCAGGUGUGGUGAGUGAAACUGAGGCAGCGAGGUGACCCUUUAGUAUCGCGCCGGUAUCUGUCGGUGGUGGAUCACUGCAAGGUUUCCAGCGACACUACAAGCAAAGGCCAGACGAGGACGUUACCCGCCCCUCUCUCUCCUUUCCUACGCCAGGAAACUAGAACCGCCGCCCUAACAUGACGGGCUCCAGCAGAGAGACGCUGGCCAUGGAGAUGAAUCAGUCCGCAGCCUCCGUGUCCUUCGGCAAGAGAGACGGAUGCUACGUGAACAGGAGCGUGGCGGUGAUCCUCGGGCUCCUCUUCGUCAGCGCAACAGUGGCUACAGGGCUCCUCGUGUAUUACUACGCGCCGCAGGUCAGGGAGGCCGGAGAUCCGCUGAACCUCGCCAGAACCUCGUUAGCCACGGAACGCCCCAUGGUUCCUACCACGCCCAUGUCCCCAGCAGCAGAAGACAAGGAGAAAAUCGACGUGAGGCUUCCUCGUUCCGUGAAGCCCCUCCAUUACAAGGUGAAACUCCAGCCUCUAAUCAACGGGAGAGGCAGUUCUACAUCGCGGAACUCGGAGAAGACCUGGAAGCAGGCAAGAAAUACGUCAUCUCUAUGGAAUUCGAGGGCUAUUUGAACGACCAGCUUCAUGGCUUCUAUAGGUCGACUUACAAAACUGAGGACGGAAGCGACAGCACGUGCUGUUCAGAGUGUGGGCACGCCAAGCUGCCAUCGAGCAAGCCGACUACGCCUUGACAACAGGACCUGACAUCCUUACCUUCUUUGAGGGUUAUUUCGACGUGCCCUUCCCUCUUCCCAAGCAGGACAUGAUCGCCAUUCCGGACUUCUCUGCGGGAGCCAUGGAGAACUGGGGCCUCAUCACCUACAGAGAAACGGCCAUGCUCUACGACCCUGCAGUCUCGGCUGCGUCCAACAAGCAGCGAGUGGUGGUGGUGGUAGCUGUGCUUCUAUUAUUCGCAUGAUGAACCACUUCUUGACGGAGGCCACCUUCAGGAAGGGCCUCUCCAAUUACCUUACGGACCUGAAAUACCAGAACGCAGAGCAAGACGACCUCUGGCAGUACCUGACGACAGCAGCCCACGAAGACAACACACUCCCCGCAGACGUCAGUGUCAGCCAGGUAUCCUACGACACGGCACUGAGCGUGAAUGCUUACCUGGGCAAGGAGGUGGAAUACGUCCCUUGGAAUUCCGCCCUGGACAACCUAGCUUAUCUGGAAAACAUGUUUACUCGGUCUAGUGGCUACGGCGAUCUGAAGAGCUACCUGCUUGACAUCCUGAUUCCCCUCUACAACUCCGUGGGCUUUGACGAUAACCUGAAUGACCCUCACUUGGAUCAGUUCAAGCGUGUCAAGGCUUUAACGUGGGCGUGCAAUCUCGGCUACAAAGACUGCGUGGAUAAGUCUCAAGGUCUCUUCAAUUCUUGGGUGCUUAACCCUUCCAACACCAGCUAUGGCUCAGGUUUAUUCGCCAUCGCCCGGAUUAUCAAGGCAGCCACUAUAUCCUUUAACACGAAGCUGGAAUUGGCGGAG